UAUUCAAACAAAUUAGCAAAUUAUACUCUUCCAACGUUCAAACCCCUUCUCUCUUCCUAUUUUCUCCAAGUCAUUUUCUUUCCCUUUUUUUUCCCAUCCAUUUUCUCCUUCCUUUCUCCGGCUAAACUUCCGGCGACAGUCACAAACUCCGGCGUCGUCACAUCCAACUUUAAUUAAUUACAUCAAUAACACUUACCCUUUAAGUAAUUAAUCAAUACAAAACACGACCACCUUAGUUUCUCUGCCAUUGCUAACUAUCUUUUUUUUGUUGGGUUGUAUUAAUGGAAACUUCAUGUGGGUAUCUGAAUUAUCAUCAAAAUUCCUCGUUUGGUUCUUCUAGAAGAGACGUCUCUUACAGCUGUGGCAGUUGUGGGUAUGAGUUAAACCUCAACUCGUCUAGUCGCAAUACUGCUUCCAUUGGUUCCAAGUACGGAAAAUCAAUCAAGAAAGGAAUGAUUUCCUUCUUGUCCAUUGAUGAGAGCAGAUUUACCCAGGUUGAUGAAUUCAAGUGUGUGCCUUUCUUUUUCUCCAAACGUUCUUGGGGCUUGUUCCAGCGCCGAACAAAACUUCAGUGCCGAAAAUGUGGUAAUGAUAUAGGAAUUGCUUAUGAUGAUAGUGCUUCAUCAUACCCACUUGUAGCUGAUGCAUCAGAUACAGCCUCUGGCAGUGAAAUAACCACCCAUAGAAAAUACGAUAUCAAAAUCCGCUCCUUGCAACCGUCUUCAUCAGUAUCGGGUUUGGUUGGAGGAUUUGUACAAUUUUCUUGCUAUGCAUCUCGCAAGAGGUGGGCAAGCGCUCUCUUGAGGAAUGUGGUUUGUACUUUGUACAUAAGAACACGACUGUCAAUGAGGUGUGGACUUGAAGCAGCUACGUUAGCAUUUCUGAUUUUUUAUUGUGUUUUUAAAUGUAACCUAAAUCAUCAGGUAAUCUUCUGAGUUUUUACUACUUUGCAACUAUAAAUUCAUGGCUUCUUGAAUUAGUGUGCGCGA